AUGCCCAUCUUGGUAGUGCCGUUGUAUGGAGUCUACUUGGUAGUCAAUAGAAUUACUAUUCCCGAAGCAGUUUUAACUCAUUCUGUGCCGUAUCUGAAGUACAAGGCUCAGAUACGAUCUAAAACAUGGUUGCGAGCUGAUAUGGCUAUCUCGUUGACUAUAGCUUGUGCCGCUUUUGGAUUUGGAUGUGUUUUGUUCUUUGGGUAUUUCAAGGUAAAUUAGUGUAAUUAGGUUAAAAACAUUGUGAUUUUAUAGAUAAAACAACUAAAAAACAAUGGAGAUAUAACGGUUGUAUAAAUAGCUACUAAAUUAACUUAUUUUAGACACGUGCUGGAUCAACGUAUUUCCUGAAAGCAGCUAUAGUUAGUGUUAUCAUAUCAUUCUUAUACCUAAUCGACGCGUUUUUAGCAGUAAAACAGCUGAAUUCAGCUUCUGUAGAGUUUAUCAAAAAUGUUUCUGUAAAUGUGAGUUUAUUUUUGCUUUUUUUUGUGCAUCAGCGCCCAGCUUUGCGCAGUUUGCAGACAAAAUAAUUUUUUUCCGGCAAUUUUUUAUUUUUUUCAAUCUUUUUUAAAAAUUUUUUUAAAUUGUUGAAAAAUUAACUUAUUAUUAACUUUUUUACAGGCAUUUACAACUCCCAGUUCAAAAGACUUCAAAGUGUCUAGCCAAAGAAGGUAUCAACAAAACCUUGUCAAAUCUUACAGUAUUGAUGAAAACAACACCCAGAACAAUCAUUAUCAACCUCAGAAUUCCAAACAUGCGUCAGCCAUCUCCAAUCAGGCACCGUUAUCGACUGGUCGAAGGGGGUCUUCACAUUUGGAAAUUGCGAAACGAAAAGAUUCUUCAUGGUUUGAUGAAGAUCGACGAGGAGAUACAAUGGAUAAUGAUGGUCAAUGGCUCUAUCAGAGUUACGACCGACAGCCGGAGGAGAAUCAUUACCUGAAAGUGUACAAAGACUCUGAAAUGAAGCAUCAAGACAAUUCUAAUCGAAGAGGUAAGUUAUAUUUUGUUGUUAUUGUUUAUAAUUAUACGACUUUUUAUUAUAUAAUACUAGAUACGUUCUAUAGUAUUCCCUUUUGAUUUUGUAUGACACUUGUUAGAUAAUUGUGACUUUUUCUAAAAACAGAUUUCUGGUGUUAUUGUGUAACUAAGUGAAGGUAUGAAAGUAGAAAACAAUCUUCAGGUUCGACCUUCAUGGAUUCUGAAGAGGAGUUCCCGCCACCACCGCCAAUGCCGGUUUUAACCUCUCAACCACAAAUCACACCUUAUAAACAAACACAGUUUCCUAGAAGAGUGCCAGUUCCACCACAACGGUCGACAGAGUCUUUCGAAUCGACUGGUCGAACGAUCCCACGAGUUAAUAUACCCAACAUGAGUAGCCGAAGUCUACAUCAACAUGUAACGAUAAAUCCACCAGCUUAUAAGGCAAGGGUGGUUGUGGUUGAAGACGAUGAUGCCGUGUUUGACCGCUCGUUUUUGUCGAAUAACAAGAAAGGUAUUAUCUAAAAUAUAGAUGGUAUUCCUAAUAUAAGUUACUAUGAUUGGAGUAGUUUGUACAGUUAAAAGGGUUAUAAAGCAUAGUAGAUGUUUUUUAUUCCAGGCUCUUCAAGCGACGGAUCUACGGUCAGAAUCGACGACGUAGACAAGCGAUCUUACUGA